AUAAACGAUAUUUGAGGAAAAAGCUUCAUUGCCACGAAUAACUUCGUAAAUAGAUUGCAAGAAGUAUUUUAAAAUUUAUUGGUUUAAUAACAAUAUGAGGUUGAGAUUCAUGGAAAUGAUGAUAUAUGUUAUCACUUCAUUAUCAGUUCAACUUGUCUUAUAUAGGUUUAUUCUGUGCACGUUUAUGCCGUGUACAAUGUUAUUGACUCAGGCCAAGCCCAUAGGACGUACUGUUUAUUACUAUUCGCAACGGAGAAGUGAAUCGAUAUUCCCGCUUCGAGACACUGAACGUUUCCGCCCAUUAUGUGUUGUACUUGUUAGGUUAUUUUGAUCCAUAGCCGAAUCUAUUCUCCGAUUAAGCCUGUUCUUUCAGGAUACGAACGAUUUGAAACAACCUUCUUCAUAGAUGACUCAGCUGCUACCUGACUUGAAGUUCAAUUAUUUAUGCGUGGAAUGUCAGCCAACGAAUCAUUUUGGACGUCGUUUAAUAACGUAACGCUAUGAUGAAUGCAUCAGUUUCUUCAUUCGUCAAAAUACAAAUUUAGAACGUCCUUGUUCUCCAUUUCCUGUUUAAAUUUCUCUUUAUGAAAUGGCAGAAUAUAUAAAUCUCUGUCUUAAAAGUUGGAAGAAUAUAUUAUCCCAAAUGGAAUUGAUGCAAUAUGGAAGUCACGUACAAAAUAGAACGAUUAUGAAAUUUAAUUGUGUACGAGACAAAAUACAAAUGGCUAAAUUGUAAUAAAACCGAAUUUACACUGUUUCACAUUGGAGAAAUGUGGCGAUAAUUUGUCUACAAAGAAAAUGAAGGAUUAAAGCCAGAGUAUUUAGAUAACUUCACUGGAUGAAUGCUUCAGAUGAAGACUCCAAAUGAGCACUGCGGAUAAAUAAUUAGUUUUAUUGCAUUAAGAGGCAUUUUUAGCACACUAGGAGUAAUGAUAUGCUUAUUAGAUAUUUUAUACUUAGAAUAACACCACAAAAUAACUUUCAAAGUUUCCUUUACUCGUAGCAAAAUAUUUUGUAUAAGCAAAUACCCAUAAUAAUUAUAUUCACUAAUUUGCAAAAAAUCAAAAUUCUGAUUUAUCCGCAUUCAUUUCCAUAUUUAUUUUGUACGAUGUGUAUCAUAGAAAUGCGAACUGAUUGUUCGAUUAUGCAUUCAACAUGCGUUUAUAUGUACUUGUCAGUGGUGUUUCACUAUGAGUGUAUCAUCCAUUCUGUAAAGCUCAGCUGUACUCCGUUCACUGCGCACUUUAGGACAACACUACAGAUGGAAGAUGAAAAUGACAUAUUUUGAUGAAUCAUUCGCACUGCUUCUCUAAAAUGAAACAACGUAAAUCAAUUUAAUUCGGCAAUAAUUUAAUUUCUAGUAAAGGGAGAAAUUGAAAUAAAAAAUUAAUUUUGUAAAUACAGAUUUGAGUAUACAUUCAGGCUUUAAAUUUUGAUCUUUAUUCGUUUACGAGUUCAUAAGCACGAGUUCGCAUAAGUUCAGAAUAAAUGCAAUUAUAUUCAAUUAUAUAUUUCAUUCUUGAUAAGUUCCAAUAAUACUAGAUCUCGGUUAUACAAGAUCAUGGGAUAAAUAAUUUGUCAUGCUUAUUGUUGUUAAAGAGCAAACUAAAAGGAAUUUAUCUUGGAGGAUCCGAAACACUAUCCAUUCCUUUCCAAUGGCGCAUUACCAGUUCCAGGAGUGGACGAUUCAGCUGAGUUCUUCUCAACCGUGAAGUCCAUGCAUAUCAUGGGCAUGACAAAUGAAGAUUUUUCUUCGAUCUUUCGUAUCGUGUCUGCGGUAAUGCUAUUUGGUUCUAUGCAGUUCCGUCAAGAAAGGAACUCGGAUCAAGCUACGUUACCGGACAAUACUGUUGCUCAAAAAAUUUCUCAUUUACUCGGUUUGAGCGUAACAGAAAUGACAAAAGCAUUUUUAAAACCAAGAAUUAAAGUGGGUAGAGACUUCGUAACGAAAGCACAAACAAAAGAGCAAGUUGAAUUUGCCGUAGAAGCAAUUUCAAAAGCUUGCUAUGAAAGAAUGUUUAGAUGGCUUGUAAACCGAAUCAACCGAUCAUUGGAUCGGACAAAAAGACAAGGAGCAAGUUUUAUCGGUAUCUUAGAUAUGGCUGGUUUUGAAAUAUUCGAGUUGAAUAGUUUCGAACAGUUAUGCAUUAAUUAUACUAACGAGAAGUUACAACAAUUAUUCAACCAUACCAUGUUCAUUUUGGAACAAGAAGAAUAUCAAAGGGAAGGAAUUGAAUGGAAGUUUAUUGAUUUUGGAUUAGAUUUGCAACCAACUAUUGAUUUGAUUGACAAACCGAUGGGCAUCAUGGCUUUACUGGAUGAAGAAUGUUGGUUCCCUAAAGCAACAGAUAAAACAUUUGUUGAAAAAUUAGUAGGUGCACAUAGUGUACAUCCAAAAUUCAUGAAAACAGACUUCAGAGGUGUGGCAGAUUUUGCUAUCAUACAUUAUGCUGGAAAAGUUGAUUAUUCAGCUGCCAAAUGGUUGAUGAAAAAUAUGGAUCCUUUGAAUGAAAAUGUUGUUAGCCUUUUACAAAAUUCACAAGAUCCUUUCGUUUGUCAUAUUUGGAAAGAUGCAGAAAUUGUUGGAAUGGCUCAACAAGCAUUAACUGAUACACAAUUUGGUGCAAGAACAAGGAAAGGCAUGUUCAGAACAGUUUCUCAAUUGUACAAGGAACAAUUAGCAAAAUUAAUGGUUACUUUAAGAAACACAAAUCCUAAUUUUGUAAGAUGCAUCAUACCAAAUCAUGAAAAGAAGGCUGGAAAAAUUGAUGCACCAUUGGUACUAGAUCAAUUGAGAUGUAAUGGAGUUUUAGAAGGAAUUCGAAUUUGUCGACAAGGAUUUCCAAAUAGAAUACCAUUUCAAGAAUUCAGACAAAGAUACGAACUUCUAACACCAAAUGCUAUUCCUAAAGGGUUUAUGGAUGGAAAGAAAGCUUGUGAGAAAAUGAUUCAAGCUCUUGAACUUGACCCUAAUCUUUAUCGCGUUGGUCAAUCAAAAAUUUUCUUCCGUGCUGGAGUUUUGGCUCAUCUUGAAGAAGAACGUGAUUAUAAAAUUACUGAUAUAAUUGUUAAUUUCCAAGCAUUCUGUCGUGGUUUUCUUGCUCGCAGAAAUUAUCAGAAACGUUUGCAACAGUUAAAUGCUAUUAGAAUUAUUCAAAGAAAUUGUGCUGCUUACUUAAAACUUAGAAAUUGGCAAUGGUGGCGUUUGUAUACGAAGGUGAAACCACUUCUGGAAGUGACAAAACAAGAGGAAAAAUUGACUCAAAAAGAAGAUGAAUUGAAACAAGUACGGGACAAGUUAGAGAUGCAAUUACAUUCUGCACAAGAAUAUGAACGAAAAUAUCAACAAGCUAUGGAAGAAAAAACUAUGUUAGCAGAACAAUUACAAGCUGAAGUCGAAUUAUGUGCAGAAGCAGAAGAAAUGCGAGCGAGAUUAGCCGCCAGAAAGCAAGAACUAGAAGAGAUUCUUCAUGAUUUGGAAACAAGAAUUGAAGAGGAAGAAGAACGAAGUGCAGGAUUAACUCAAGAAAAAAAGAAAUUGCAAUUAAAUAUAAGUGAUCUUGAAGAGCAGUUAGAGGAGGAGGAAGCUGCUAGACAGAAAUUACAGUUAGAGAAAGUACAAUGUGAUGCAAAAAUCAAAAAACUUGAGGAAGACCUUGCACUUUCUGAGGAUACAAAUCAAAAAUUAUUGAAGGAGAAAAAGAUCCUCGAAGAAAGAGCAAAUGAUUUAUCUCAGACACUUGCUGAGGAAGAAGAAAAAGCGAAGCACUUAUCCAAAUUAAAAGCAAAACAUGAAGCAACGAUUGCAGAUCUUGAAGAAAGAUUGUUGAAAGAUCAUCAACAAAGACAGGAAGUAGAUAGAUCAAAACGGAAAAUAGAAACUGAAGUAUCAGAUUUGAAGGAACAACUUGCAGAAAGGAAGACACAGGUAGAAGAACUUCAACUGCAACUUGGUAAACGUGAAGAAGAAUUAAAUCAAGUAAUGGCAAAAAUGGAUGAAGAAGGAGCAGCUAAAGCUCAAGCUCAAAAAGCACUUCGUGAAUUAGAGUCUCAAUUGGCUGAACUUCAAGAAGACUUAGAAGCUGAAAAGGCUGCUAGGGGAAAAGCAGAAAAACUAAAACGAGACUUAAAUGAGGAAUUAGAAGCAUUGAAAAAUGAAUUAUUAGAUUCUUUAGAUACAACUGCUGCACAACAAGAAUUAAGAAGCAAACGAGAACAGGAAUUAGCAACAUUAAAGAAGAAUUUAGAAGAAGAAACAUCAAUACACGAAGCAACAUUGGCGGAUAUGCGUCAUAAGCACACGCAGGAAUUGACUGCUUUGAACGAACAAAUGGAUGCAUUGAAGAAAACUAAAGCUGUUUUAGAAAAAGCGAAGGGAACGUUGGAGGCUGAAAAUGCUGAUUUAGCUACAGAACUUAGGUCUGUUGGUGCGAGCAGGCAAGAAUCAGAUAGAAGAAGAAAACAAGCUGAACAACAACUUGCUGAAGUAAAUGCAAAACUUGCAGAGGUGGAAAGAAACAGGCAGGAACUGAUAGAAAGAGUAACAAAAUUACAACAAGAAUCUGAGAGUAUUAUGCAACAAUUAGAGGCAGCAGAGUUGAAAGCUUCUGCAGCCUUGAAAGCUUCAGCAACUUGCGAAUCUCAAUUUACAGAACUUCAGCAACAACUUGAAGAGGAAACAAGACAAAAAUUAGCUUUAAGUUCAAAAUUGAGAGCGUUAGAAAGUGAAAAGGAAAGUUUGCAUGAUCAAUUAGAAGAAGAAGAGGAGGCAAAGAGAUGCUUAGAUAAACAGGUUAUGGGCUUAACUGUACAAUUGGCUGAAGCAAAGAAAAGAGUUGAGGAAGAAACUGAAGCCGCUACAGCAUUGGAAGAAGCAAGAAAGCGGUGCAUGAAAGACAUUGAAGCACUUCAAAGACAAGUUGAAGAACUACAAGCUGCUAAUGAUAAAUUAGACAAAUCAAAGAAAAAGAUUCAAGCAGAAUUAGAAGAUAGUAUCAUUGAGCUCGAAGCGCAAAGGGCAAAGGUGCUGGAAUUGGAGAAGAAACAGAAAAAUUUCGAUAAGUUUGGGGAACUUUCUGUGCUGGCUGAAGAAAAAGCGGUCUCUGAACAGUAUGCAGAGCAACGUGAUGCUGCCGAACGUGAGGCUCGUGAAAAAGAAACUCGUGUCUUAUCCUUAACUCGAGAACUUGACGAAAUGAAUGAGAAAGUUGAAGAACUCGAACGAAUUCGUCGAGGUCUCCAAUCAGAAUUGGACGAACUCGUAAAUAAUCAAGGAACAGCAGAUAAAAAUGUGCAUGAACUAGAAAAAGCAAAACGUGCUCUUGAGUCACAAUUGGCGGAGCAACGUUCUCAAGUAGAAGAGCUCGAGGAUGAGUUACAAUUUACAGAAGAUGCAAAGUUGCGUCUAGAAGUAAAUAUGCAAGCUCUAAGAGCCCAAUUCGAGCGAGACUUGCAAGCUAAGGAAGAACAAGCUGAGGAGAAACGAAGAGGAUUGGUGAAACAAUUGCGCGAUCUCGAAGCGGAAUUAGAAGAUGAAAGAAAACAAAGAGCUGCUGCUAUUGCACAACGUAAAAAAAUGGAAGCAGACUAUAAAGAUAUUGAACAGCAAUUGGAAAUGCACAAUAAGGUAAAAGAAGAUGCAUUGAAACAAUUGAAGAAACUUCAAGCCCAAAUAAAAGAUUGCACUAGAGAAACUGAGGAAGCUAGAGCUGCCAGAGAUGAACUUGCAGCAAGUGCUAAAGAAACCGAGAGAAAGGUAAAGAGUUUAGAAGCAGACUUGAUGCAAUUAACUGAAGAUUAUGCUAGCAGUGAACGAGCUAGAAGAGCUGCUGAGAACGAAAGAGACGAAUUACAGGAAGAACUCAAUAAUAAUGCUAAUAAGGGUACAUUAAUGUUGGAUGAAAAACGUAGAUUGGAAGCUAGAAUAGCAACAUUGGAAGAAGAGUUAGAAGAAGAACAAUCAAAUGGUGAACUGCUAAUGGAUAGAGCUAGAAAAGCGCAAAUAACUAUCGAACAACUAACAAAUGAUUUAACGACUGAGAGAUCAACUACACAGAAAUUGGAAUCGCACAAAUUGUUAUUAGAAAGGCAAAAUAAGGAGUUGAAGGCGAAACUCACAGAAUUAGAAACUGCUCAAAGAGCAAAGACCAAAGCUACCAUUCAACAAUUAGAGUCGAAGAUUAAUAAUCUUGAUGAACAAUUAGAAACUGAAGCAAAAGAAAGAUUUGCACAGCAGAAGAUUAAUAGAAAAUUGGAGAAAAAGCUAAAGGAAUUAAGUUUACAGUUAGAAGACGAAAGGAGAAAUUCAGAUCAGUAUAAAGAACAAGCAGAAAAAGUAAAUGCUAGAAUGAAAGCUUUGAAGAGACAGCUUGAUGAAGCUGAAGAAGAAAUUAGUAGGCAUAAAGCAAUGAAAAGGAAAGCGCAAAGAGAAAUGGAUGAUAUGCUUGAAUCUCAAGAAGAGCUAACCAGGGAGGUUGCAAAUCUUAAAAAUAAAUUAAGACGAGGUGGUCCUCCAAUAAGCCUUAGUUCGACGCGUCUGAAACGCGGCUCUGUUCAAACCGGCGGAUCCGGCGACGAUUCGACGACACAGGAUGAAAGCAUCGAUGGUGAGGAAACUGUCAACUGAACAAGAAAACACACCACUUAUUGAACCCUCACAACGCAGGAAACUCAUAAAAAUAUCCAGGUCCAAGAAGUGUGUGCAAGAUCCGUUUCGAUCAAAGCUAAGUUCGAAUCGGAGAACUCCUUUGUAUGAGUUCAGAAGUCGAUUCCAGUGCACCCAACGAUGCCAUUACACGAGGGCGGCGGCUUUCUUCUGUACAUAAGAAACCCGACAGGGCCGUAUUAAGUAGUAUUUUAUCUCCGUUUCUUCCGGAACUCCACAGAAAAUGACGAAUUUUCUCUGGUCAACUUGAUAUGAGCGAGUCUUUCUUAUAUAUUUUAUAACAAGCUUAUUCGUAUUUUUCAAUGUUAAUAAGCAAACAGCAAAAGAAGGUUGUACAAGUAAAUUUAAUCGAACUUUUUUUCGAUAAAUUCAAUGUGCAAGACAUACGCUUAUGAAACAUGUAUAUUAAUGCUAUAAUGCAUUAACAGUACUUGAAUGCCAUACACACUUCAUAUUUGACAUUCUUUCGAUUAUAUCUUACAAUGAAGAUGUUCGUCAUUUUUUUGGAAAAUGCUACCACAUAGUCGGGUAAGAUUCAGACUAGAAAUAUAUUAUUGGGGCUGCAUAAUCGAUAACGAAUUAACACCGCAUUUAGGCAGCAUUAAUAUCUAUUAUAAUUAUAUUAUAGUUAUUAUUAUUAUUAUUAUUAAUUAUUAUAUUGCCGCAGUUUUUAUUUUUAUCGCGAAAAAUAUCGUAAUAUGUUACUUGUAAUUAUUUUUAAUAAUCAAGCCAAUGACGGACGAUUCUAGCAUCGUUCCGAAAGAUGUGAGAUUAAUAGAAUUUUCGAAAGGCUGAAACUUACUUUUUGUUAAUCAAAGUGUUUAAAGAAACUAUUUUUUAAAUAAUAUACUAACAGCAUCGAAUCAAACGAAUAAAAAGUAAAUUUAAAACUUCUGAAGAAAAAUUGCUUUUAUGUUUCACAGAAGUUUAAGGACGGUUCUAAAGGAAAUUAAAGUAGAUUGAAACGAUCGAAAGCUAAAGAACGUCUAAGAAAACUUGCUUUUUUAUGUCUAAAUACUUUGCAAAGAAAAAGAUAUCUUAUUCGGAUAUCGAAUUUCAAAGCGAAGAAAAGUAGUAUUAUUAUUUUUAAGAAAAAUUUUAUUCUUUAUGUUUCGGUCGAAUGUGUUAAUAAUUGCUCUUCUUGAUUUCUUUCAAAUAAUCAUUGUAUAGUCAAUUUUUUUGUUUCCAACUCGUCUGACGGAACGAACUAGAAAUCGACGAUCGAGAGUUAUCAAUUGGUACUUAGGGUCGAUCGUAGAUCGAGAACUUUUUCGUUUCGUAUUAUUCAAUUUUAAAUGCAUCGAAAAGUCGAUGUAUGUUUUCAUAUCAUUGUUUUACCAUCUGCAUGAACUUAUAAAUAUCAUACUAAUAAACGUCAAUUUUUUACAGCUAUAUAUACAUAUUAAACUUUUUCAAACAGUUUCGAAGAACUACUUUACUUCUACCAGUAAUGUUUUUAGGUAGAAAAGCAAUGUUCUAAUGAAUUUCUUUAUGCAUUUAAAAUUGAAUCGUCGAAAAUCACAAAACAAAAUUUAAAAAAGGAAGAAGAGAAAGCCAGCAAUGUUUUUAUAUAUGCAUUUUUUACGACAUGUGCAUUUCUCAUGCAUUAGAAAAAACGCAUUUUUAACCUCCUUUUGUAAAGAUUUAAACAAAAAAAAGAAUUUAAAGCAGGCAAACGACUUUAUAUGUACUUGGGAUAUACUUUUUCCUGUUAUCUUGAGAUAUUCAUUAUUUGAUUACACAGAUAACUAUUCUUAAAGGUAUUUACAACCCGGAAUGAAAGAUAAAAGGAGGUUAAUGAGCGACCAUAUGUAUUACACGUACAUAUGUAUACGUAUACAGAGUAUCGUAAAGUAUGGGGUAUUUGGUAAACAAGUCUUAUACCGAAAACAAUUAUUACAAAAAAUUGAAUGAUACUACUUGAUCAAUUUAUUUUCUACGGAUUUACUUCAUUCUUCAAUUAAACAUAAAAAAAAGCUUAAUAGAUAUGUAUUUUUUGCGAUAAAAGUACCUAAGAUAUAACGUGUACUAUCAAUUUCGAUAUUGAAAACAACUAGAUUACUUCUUAACCGAUACUGGAGCAAAAACAAAAUAUACUUUGUAUAAAAAUACUAUUUCCUAAGUGCAACAUACUUUAUUGCAUACUUUAUAUAUAUGUCCGGAAUAUUCUAUUUUUUGAUAUGGCAAAGUGAUUGGUGUCUGGACGGAACCGGCCUGUUUUUUACAUUAAACAACUUUCUAGUGAUUUUUUAGGCGGGCUUUUCAAAUUCGCAAUUGAACUGCCAUUUCACACCAUCGUGGACUAUAUUCUCCACAUAACGAUGAUCAAUUAAAUUUGAAAAUCUUUUGAUUAAAUUAAUAAACUUAUACACAUUUUCGACGAAUUUACUUAAUAAGAAAUAAAUUAUAAUUUCACACGUAAAAAGAAUCAAUGUAUUCAAUUAUAUCUAUUGAAUAGAAAUGUCGACGAUGUGUGAGUAGAAUGCAAAAAUGAAAUGUAAAAAGAUACAUAUACAUAUUUGUACUUUUUUUAGGUCUGGAAACGUAGGUGAAAACUCUGAGCCUCAGGAUCUUUUAUAAAGUAUAGAAAGCUUGAAUACAGAACACUGAAACGUUGACAACCUUUUCAUCAAAUGCAUUUCUUUUUGAUGGAAAUUUGGAUGAUUGUAAAAAAUAUACAUCUCUAAUUGUGCAAAAUCACACCACAAUAAUAAUAAUUAUUAUUUUUAUUAUAAAUAAUGAAUAGAGAUAUAAUAAUAAAUAAAUGAUGUAAAAGGAAUUCAAUCAACAUAACAAUUAUACUAAAAUAUCUCCAAUAUAGCCAUAAUAAAAAUUUUGUUAAUUUUUCCUUCAUUUCCUUUUUCAAUUAUUGAAAUGAAUUUACGAUACUUAGUAAAAUCAGAAUUUUAUUUCUUAUUCUUAAUAUACUUAUAUAUAUAUAUAUCUUCUAAAAAUACCAAAUUUUCUGAUAUUCCAUUAUCAAAGAUGUUCAAGUAAUAUAUUCAACAUUUUGAAAAGAAUUAAUAUUUCAAGAUAGACUCUUAUUAUCUUAUUUGUUUCUAAUUUGUGUGUAAAUUUAAUAUAGAAUUAGUAGGAGAAAUUAUAAUAUGUAUAUACUUUUUAAAUUGAAAAUUUGUUUAUAUCAAAUUAUUUAUCUAAGAUAACAAAUUAUUAAAAAGUUUAUAUAUAAAAAUAAACUAAAAACUUAAUAACAUAUUUUUUAUAAACCAUCCAAAAUUUCUCUGAAGGAAAAAGAAAUCUAGACCAUCUAAUGUUAUCUGUGAACUGCUGUGAAUUCGUGUAAAUAAGCACAGAAAAUAAUUUUCAACUGUGGUGCAUUUUAUUUAAGCAAUUAACUUUGGAAUUGGAAAUGUUAUCUCUAUUUAAGAGUAUGAAUCCCGAUGGGGUUGAAACAGAUAAGUAUGGAAAAAUAAAUUAACUGGAAGAGUAAAAAAUGAGAGACAGCGAUAAUAGGAUUUGACCAGCUAAAUAAUGAAUCUUUUUGAUACAUUUUAUAUAGGUAUAAAUCAAAUAUUAAUAACACUUAAGUAUGUUAAAAAGAAAGCAUAAUAAAUGCUCAAAACUGAAAAUAACAA